UGCACUGCGGGCGGACACAGAUGUAUAAACACACGCCGUUAAAUUAAUGGAACUUUCCCCCCCCCCCCCCCGCCAUUAUGGCGCAACCAGCUGUAACAAUAUGAGUGGCAGAGCAAUGCGAUUAAAUACAACGGCUACACACCUGAUAUGUUCUCAACAUCCUCAAUCACUCUCUCCAAAUCCUUAUUCAGUUCAUACAUGUCGGUGCUGCUCCGUGAAGGCACCAUGGGACAUGACGAAUCCUCCAUCUGUAUUAUGUACGGGCAGCACUGAUUUACAAACAUAACUUAUAUCGUUACUUUUAAAUAAACCACAGAAAGACGUCGCAGUAAAGUUAUAGUCAUUAGUGUAAUUAAUGAGUCGUGCUUUUUUAUAUCGCGCUCCUAGAGAUAACCGUUAAGACCGUUGGGUUAGCAACUUUUAAGCUAGCACGGCAGCAGCUGCAGGUAAAACGGGGAAGUUUAACGUCAUGACAAAACACGAGAAUUUCGGACUGAAGCUUAUUUUUGGGGGGUUAUUCCAUUACUUAAGAUUUAAUACUGUUUAUUAGUUUAUCCAGAGUUUAAAACUCACCGUCGAAAACCGGUUCGGAGCUCAGAGAGAACGUUCUCGGCUAGUUAAUAAUGAGCGUGCGCACUUCCAGCUUCUUUUUUUUUCGGCCCAACACAUUGCCAGCCUUAAAAAGCAAUUAAAUGUCAAGCUAUUUAAUGCUAAAAUAUGCGUUGAUGAAACGUCAAUUAAAGUCCCGCUUUAGAAAUUCUAAAAUUUUUAUUUACAAAUUGAUUCAUGUAUAAAGCAAGUGUUUGUUACCUCUGACCUCUUGGGAAAAGGAAAAUCACAUUACAAACAUGUUAAACAAUUUACUUUUUCAUGCUUUUCUUAUUUUGAUGAAAAAUUGAGUUGGGGUCCCCCACAAAAUUUGAUUUAGGGAGCUUCCAACUAGCACAAAGCCAAAGACUUCAGCUUAACUGAUAUCACCUGCCUUCCCUGUUUCUUUUUAUUUUAUUUUGCAUUAUAUGUCUAUGUUAACCAUUAGUCUGUGCAUGUUUUAUAAAUCUGAUAAUUUAGAUUAAAGUGCUGAAAAAACAUUAUAUACAUAAAAAACAUGGGAAUAUAUUUGUAUGGAAAAAAAACAAUAAAAACACAGAAGCUUUAUAAUGAACACUUUCCUUUUAAAAAAAUAUAAACUGUUGUUUUCAACUUGUAAAUUUCUUAGUGUAUUAUAGCCUACUGUGCGCACAAAAGAAAAAUAAUCUGACAUGAGUUUAUGCCAGACCAUCAAAUUGAGUGGAAAAUUAUUUAAGUGAGAGUGAACAAAACCCCCUCAGGGGAUUGAAUUAGCUGACAACAGAAAAAAAGAAGAGUGAAACCCAUAGGCUUCUCACCUUAGAAAAAGCACCAAUCAAGACACACUGGGGCGGGCCAAAUGAGAAGAUAUAGACCUUGUGACAGGUGACACCUUGACAUAGAGCAAGGACAAGCAGACAAGGAAGGAUCGGAGAAGAACAGUCCUCAACUUUAAAACUAAGAAAAGCCUAUUUUGAUGACUAGUCAAUACUUCAGUGAGAACUGAAAAAGAAAGUCUUUCAGGAACUGGCACAACUGUCAGUAAUUUUAGGCGAAGAGGAAGGACAACAACAAACAGAUCAGAAGAGGGUAAGAGGUGGAAAGAAACUUGAUGAUGUCUUCAUUUGAGACCCAGAACCAGUCACCUCCUCGUUGUGGUCCACAGUUUCCAAGUUUAGGCCAGGAACCUCCAGAGCUCAGCAUGUACGGUGAAUGCUACUACCCUCCUCCAUCCCUACCGAGUCCUCAGCGGACAGCUCCUUCUUCCUAUGAACUGAGUGACUACACCACCUCAUCUCCAAACCCGUACCUUUGGUUCAACAGCCCCGGGAUCAACUCCUCUUCGUACCUGUCCAGCAAUGGCCCACCAGGAAAUCCAGGCCCACCGUUUGUACCUCAGCACUAUGGCAUGCAGAGACCCUACCUGGGACCAGCUGGACCCGGUGGUCCAGGGGGGGAACUAAGCUGGUUCUCACUUCCCUCACAAGAAGAUCUGAUGAAGCUGGUCAGACCACCUUAUUCCUACUCUGCACUGAUUGCAAUGGCUAUCCAUGGAGCACCAGACAAGAGACUGACACUGAGUCAGAUUUACCAGUACGUUGCUGAUAACUUUCCUUUUUAUAACAAGAGUAAAGCUGGCUGGCAGAAUUCCAUCAGACACAACCUGUCACUCAACGACUGCUUCAAAAAAGUGCCAAGAGACGAGGACGAUCCAGGUAAAGGCAACUACUGGACACUUGACCCGAACUGUGAGAAGAUGUUUGACAAUGGAAACUUUCGCCGUAAAAGGAAGAGAAAGUCUGACUCCCUCAACAGUGGUGACGGCGCUUCAGGGCCUCCAGAGUCAGGAGACAGUGAAAGGGGAAGCCCCAAACACCCUGCCCUUACCAUGUCCCCGACACAGGAGAGAAUCCCCUCCCCUUCACUGUCGGGUCCCACGCCAUGCCUGAGCAGCUUCUUGUCUGAAAUGUCUACAGUUUCUACUGGAGCAACAAACGAGGUUGGGGGAGAUGGGUUGACCAGGCCGCUGCAGAUUAACCUUCCCCUAGAUGGACCGCAUAGACAUACCCAGCCAGGAAACUUUAGCAACUAUUCCCCCAACUCAGGUGUCUCAGAGUGGGUACCACAGGUACAAGCUCCCUCUGUGCUCACAUCCUCACCGUCCCACUCUUCUUUAGGUUACUCUAGCCCCAUUCUGAGCCAGUACACUGGGUCCAGUGGGCACUUCUAUCCUACUCUGAGCUCCACUGGAAUCAUAUAUCAUCGAGACGGCACAGAGGUCUAAGGAGACGUAAGGGGAGGGAAUGAUGUCUUAGGAAAGACUGUUGAAGGAUCUUUCAAAUGUCUGGUAUUCGUUUUGGCAAAACAUAAUGUUUUUUUGCUGACUUAGACAGGUGAGAGUGCUAUAACACAUGAGCAUACUAAACGGCGCUCUAUUCCCACAAAAAUAGCUGAUUCAGGCAUACUGGCCUUUCAUUGUCCAACCAUAAAAAAAAGGGGCUUGCCUUGCUAUCAGAUCCUGUCAGCUUUUAUUUCAGAUAUAUCUCUGCAAGAGCUGUGUCAACUUUAGCUGACAAAGCUCUAAUCUGCUGACACCAUGCCAUUCAACGCUGACAGACAGCUUAUUCAGAGGGGUAGUUGAAUUACAGCGAUGUCAAGAUUGUGUUGUUCCCGCGCAAAAUAAUAAACAAGUAAUAAUGAGACUGUCAUUGUUUUUAGUACUGCAACAAUUGGGUUCAUUUACAGUCUGGGAGUGUAAUAUAAUGGUGGUAGUUGUACUUUGUAAGUAUGUUCACUUGUUCUAGUUUGUUACCUAAUUGUUGGUUUGUUUGUAAAAGUUUUGUUAAACAGAAGGAGUUCAUAGGGUGUGGCUUCAUGCUGUGUAUUGUGUUUUUACCAUUAAUAAAAUCUUUUUGACAUACA